GUCAGACUCUAAAACACGAGGCGGAAGUUUGAAAUGUAUGCAUGAGCGUGUGACGGCUCCCAAUCAAUGUUUGCGGGGUCUUCGUAAAACGGUGCCACUGCGCGAUGGUCAUUUCCUCAUCAGGAGACACUCUGUUCAUCAAACGUCGAUUGUUCAACUACACUUCAGAUCCCUCGAAUAAUGCCUUCGAUGGAUUCCCUUCACAUUACAGCCACUGAUUAGGAGCUAGUCUAGCUAAUACACUGCCACCAUGUUCCUCGACGCGGUUGCCAAAGGCGUAAGCCUUUUCUAUGGAGUGUUCACGCUCGCUGUGUUCACCGCCCUUGCUGCUCUGGACGGUUCUCUCACUCGCAGCAUCACAGACACAGAGAAGCAGGGACUAGCAGCUGCUCAGCGCAAAUUCUGGGACCUUGCAAGCUCGCCGUUCGGAUUCAAGCAUCGUUUCUUUACUUUAAAGAAUGGCCGAAGACUGCAUUACAUGGAACAUGCAGUGACUACCCCAAAGAACCUUGUUGUGUUCCUGCACGGCUUUCCGGAUAGCUGGAUUCUCUGGGAGCGAUUGCUAGCCUCACCCGAGCUCUUGAAGGACAGCGUCCUCGUUGCAGUAGAUCUCGGUGGCUAUGGAGGGAGCGACAACCUCCCUGACUACUCCGCCGAGACGGUGCUCGAAGCUAUGGGAACCUUCAUCAUCGGCAUGCGAGACCAGUAUCCGAUUCAGAAUGGAGGUCGGGUAUUGGUCGUGUCGCAUGACUGGGGCUCCGUCGUAGCCUUCAGACUGGCUUCUGAAGCCCCUCAAAUUGUGGAUCGAUUCAUUAUCAGCAGCGCCGUACUCCCAGAGCAAAUAGCUUCGACAGCAAAGGCUCACCUAGGCUCCUCGAAACAGAUGCUACACACAUGGCUGCAGCGUCCGCUUUCUGUUCGCCUUCUCAAGACUGCUUUCCGGACUGUUACACCCCUUCUCAGCCAAGCUCGCAAAUCUGGCUAUAUUGUCGUGUUCCACCUGCCGCAGCCACUCUCCAACUUCGCCGGCCGCAUGGGAGGCAGGUGGUUCCUGAGACUACUGCACAAAUUAAGUAGAAGGCCAGGACCAGCCGGCCUAAGCUCUACCGAAGCGGCAGAAUGCAUGGCCGCAACUCUUGGCCCAGCUGCAGCUCAACUUGGUACCGUCACUGAGGAUGGACUGGCCUAUCCGGAGUCAGUCAAACAGCGUCUACACGACGGCGGCUGGUCCGAGAAGAUCCGAAUAUAUCGCGAAGGUCUCUUCAGGGGCAAAUGGGAGAAGUCGCUUGAGAUGAUUGUGAGGCUGUCAGAACUCGACGAUCAAUCGCUUUCUCGUCGGUCAAGCAGCGGCACUGGCCUCUUUGAAGAUGGGCCACCGGGUUCGCUCCAGGCGCCAGUGACGCUGGUGUACGGGAAGAAAGACCCCGCUUUUGAGCGAAGGCUGGCACUGGAGGGGAUUUCAGAUUACCUGACGAAGCAAAGUCAGGUGGUCGUCAUCGAAGAAGGCGGCCACUGGCUUCCCGUCGAGAAGAUCGGUGCGGAUGCGCUGGAGCAGAUUGUGAUAUGGGCUUUGGAGGGCGAAGGCGGAGCUUUGAAGUCAAGGCUGGGGGAAAUGGUGACUAUUGAGAAGUAAGGACAGCAGAGGGAGAAUUACGGCGUAUUGCUAGGACGUUAAGUCCAAGUAGGUAGUUAUGAUGCCCCUUGAAUAGAAUCUCUUUCAAUGAAAGUAUUCUGAAGAACC